UAGUCAUCAAGAGAAAAUUAUGACUGGUUUGAUCCCUAUUUCUCAACCAUUAAUGACUGGCUUUAGAAUUUGAUAAUGUUGAUUUAGAUGUAGAUCAAUCAAUGAUCACCGAUGAUCAAAACAUUUCUUAAUGCUUCAGAUGCAGUCUAUAGCGAUAAUAUGCCUCGGAGUUGCAGUUGUAUGUCUCUGCACUGCUCAAAGAGGAUCGCCCACCGAUAUUGAUCAAUUAGUGGUGGAUAUUUUGGAAAGGGCAUUAGGAGAGGAGAUACGUAUAAAGAACUUAGUUUCGGACUUCAAUGAAGAUUCUCUUCGUAGUCUACUGGAAUUAUAUGGAACAAUUACGUCAUUUAAGGUAUACGAUGAUAGCGGUACCCAAUUCAAGUAUGCACAAGUUAAAUUCAGUAACAGCCAAGACGCAGCAGAUGCUGUUGCUGACCUUAAUAGAGCAAUGUUUAUGGGUCAGCCUAUGGUCAUAAGCGUCUAUUAGAGGAAACCUCUUGGAAGCUCUAAAAGAAGAGGUUGGGAGGAGCAGAAGAAAAUAUAACAGAGGUAGUCGAAGAAGAUAUAGAAGCUAAGGAAGUCGUUGCGGCAAUAGUGGAAACACAACAUCAACAAUAUAUAGGACUUCAAUGGACAAGUGAUCACGUCGAACAUUUCUUGACGUUUAAGAUUAUUAUACAAUGAUAAGAGCAAUGUUAGCAACACCAUUUAUAUACAAUUAUUGAUCUACUUGGA